GGCCAGCAGUCAGUCAGUCAGUCAGUCAGCAGUGGGCUCGGCUGCCGCAUGGCCACUGUCUUAACUUUCUUUAACAACAAGGGCAAAGUGUCGGAUAACGAAGAAGAGUAGAUUCACGGAGAGGUUGAGGGACAUACAAGGAAGAGGUCUUCUAUGAAUCGGGAACCUGUGCUCCGCUGACCAAAGUGUUGUUUCCCACUCGUGCAUGUUUAAACCAGAGGAGAGCUCUGUUGCCGUGUGUCGGCCAGACGACUACUAACAAGCGAGUGGCAACAGCAGUCCGGAGGCAUGAUUUUGAGACGGGGCUCAGUCGUUGCUGCCUUUUUACUCUGCUUUCUGGCGAAGGUGUCAGAGGGAUCGGGACAAUUCGAGUUGCAAAUCUUAUCGAUGCACAAUGCAAACGGAGAGCUGCUGAACGGCAUGUGUUGUGAUGGCACACGGACCACGGCGGAUAGAAAAUGCACACGGGACCAGUGCGAUACGUUUUUCAGAGUUUGCCUGAAGGAAUACCAGUCGAGAGUUUCUGCUGCAGGGCCCUGCAGCUUCGGAAUGGGAUCUACGCCUAUCCUCGGAGGAAAUACAUUUUCUUUCAAGAGUUCUGUCAGGAAUGACAAAUCCAGGAUUGUUUUGGCCUUCAGUUUUGCCUGGCCGAGGUCCUACACGUUGAUAGUGGAAGCCUUGGACUUCAAAAAUGAAACCGGUGGUGCAGAUGGAAAGUUGAUCGAGAAAGCCUCUCACUCAGGCAUGAUCAACCCCAGCCCACAAUGGCAGAAGCUGACUCACAACGGCCGUGUGGCCCAGUUUGAGUACCAGAUCCGGGUCAGCUGUGACGAGCACUACUACGGCUUCGGCUGCAACAAGUUCUGUCGGCCAAGGGAUGAGUUCUUCGGGCAUUACACAUGCGACUACAAUGGGAACAAGACAUGUCUGGAAGGCUGGUCCGGACCUGACUGCAACACAGCUAUAUGUCGACAAGGUUGCAGCACUGAGCAUGGUUCAUGUAAGGAGCCAGGUGGAUGCAAGUGUCUGUAUGGCUGGCAGGGCCAGUACUGUGACAAGUGCAUCCCCCACCCUGGCUGUGUACAUGGCACCUGUGUGGAGCCGUGGCAGUGCCUGUGUGACACCAACUGGGGCGGCCACCUUUGCGAUAAAGAUCUGAACUACUGUGGCACUCACCAGCCAUGCCUGAAUGGAGGAACGUGUAUCAACACAGGACCUGACAAGUACCAGUGUACCUGUGCUGAAGGCUACUCUGGUGCAAACUGUGAGAGAGCGGAACAUGCCUGUCUAUCCAAUCCCUGCUCUAACGGAGGGAGCUGUGUAGAAACAAGUCAAGGCUACGAAUGUCAGUGUGCGCCAGGCUGGAGUGGCCCCUCCUGCAUCACCAAUGUUGACGACUGCUCUCCUAACCCCUGCAAUCACGGGGGAACGUGCCAGGAUCAGGUGAACGGUUUCAAGUGUCUCUGUCCUUCACAGUGGUCAGGGAAGACAUGUCUGAUAGAUGCCAACGAAUGCGAGAGCAAGCCCUGUGUCAAUGCCAACUCAUGCCGCAACCUGAUUGGUGGAUACUUCUGCGAGUGCAUCCCUGGUUGGACGGGGCAGAACUGCGACACCAACAUUAACGACUGCAAGGACCAGUGCCAGAAUGGGGGAACUUGCAAGGACUUGGUUAACGGAUAUCGUUGUGUAUGCCCUCCUGGCUUCGCUGGCGAGCAUUGUGAGAGGGACAUCGACGAGUGUGCCAACGCGCCGUGUCUGAACGGUGGCCGCUGUCAGGACGAAGUGAACGGCUUCCAGUGCCUGUGUCUGGCAGGCUUCUCAGGAAACCUCUGCCAGCUGGAUAUCGAUUACUGCUCGCCCAACCCGUGUCAGAACGGGGCGCCCUGCUUCAACCUGGCCACAGGCUACUUCUGCGCCUGCCCCGAGGACUACGAGGGCAAGAACUGCUCCCACCUCAAAGACCACUGUCGCACCACCACGUGUAAAGUGAUUGACAGCUGCACCGUGUCCGUGGCGUCUAACAGCACGCCAGGAGGGGAGCGCUACAUUUCAUCGAAUGUGUGUGGACCUCACGGCCGCUGCAGGAGCCAGGCCGGGGGCCAGUUCAGCUGCGAGUGCCAGGAGGGCUUCAGAGGCACCUACUGCCAUGAGAACAUAAACGAUUGCGAGAGUAACCCAUGUCGCAACGGAGGCACCUGCAUCGACAAAGUCAUCGUGUACCAGUGCAUCUGCGGCGACGGUUGGGAGGGCGACCACUGCGAGAUCAACAUCGAUGACUGCAGCACCAACCCCUGUCAUAAUGGAGGGACAUGUCGAGACCUGGUGACUGAUUUCUUUUGCGAAUGCAAGAAUGGCUGGAAGGGAAAGACCUGCCACUCCCGCGAAAGUCAGUGCGACGGAGCCACAUGUAACAACGGUGGCACCUGCCACGACGAGAUUGACACGUUCCAGUGCAAGUGUUCCCCAGGGUGGGAGGGUACCACAUGCAACAUAGCCAAAAACUCAAGUUGCCUUCCCAACCCGUGUGAGAAUGGAGGAACCUGCGUGGUGACUGGGGAGUCAUUCACCUGCGUCUGCAAGGAAGGCUGGGAGGGUCCCACGUGCACCCAGAAUACCAACGACUGCAGUCCCCACCCAUGCUACAACAGCGGAACCUGCGUGGACGGGGAUAACUGGUACCGCUGCGAGUGCGCUGCAGGCUUCGCUGGGCCAGACUGCCGGAUCAAGCCACUUCUUACCUCUCGCUCUUCCCCUCCUGUGACAGAUAUUAAUGAGUGCCAGUCCUCUCCCUGUGCCUUCGGCUCCACCUGUGUGGAUGAGAUCAACGGCUAUCGCUGCCUGUGUCCCCCGGACAGGACGGGAACCCACUGUCAUGAUGUGACGAGAAAACAUUGCUCUGUUAAUGGACAUGUGGCCCCCGAUGGACACAGAUGGGAGGAAGACUGCAACACCUGUCACUGUUCGAACGGGAAAGUUGUGUGCACAAAGAUGUCGUGUGGCCCUAUGUCCUGCCAAAUAGGGGCCAAAGGUCGAGGCGGGUGUCCCUCGGGCCAGAGCUGCGUCCCCAUCAGGGAGGGCCACUGCUUUGUGAAGCCCUGCGUCGGCCUUGGGGAGUGCUGGCACUCCAACCCUCCCCCGUGUCACAUCGAAUGCCACCCCAGCUCCAGUUACCAGGACAACAGCUGCGCCAACAUCACCUUCACCUUCAACAAGGAGACCAUGCCUCAAAGCCUGACUGUGGAGGAUGUGUGUAAGCAGCUGAGGCGCCUGUACGUGGUGAAGAAUUUCUCCUUGGAGCAUUCUGUGUCCAUAACCUGUGACCCCUCAUUCUCAGCCAGCAACGAAAUCCACGUCUGCAUCGCUAUGGAGGACCAUCGGUUGGACCAUAGUCCUAUUAAAGAGCUCACAGACAGGAUAAUCGACCUGGUUAGCAAUCGCAGUGGGAACAACAACACCAUCAUAGCUGCCAUCAUAGAAGUGCGCGUGCCAAGCCCCAGCAAAAUAGACUACCUAGUGCCCCUCCUCAGCUCCAUCUUCAUCGUCAUCUGGGUGCUCGUCCUGGUCUCCAUUUUGCUUUGGUGCAUGCGGCGCCGGCGGAAACAGAGCAACCACAACGGGACGACGGCCACCGGAGCCGAGGACAACACGACCAACAACGUGCGGGAGCAGCUCAACCAGAUCAAGAACCCUAUAGAGAAGCAUGUGGGCCUCACGGUAGCCAUCAAAGACUACGAAAACAAGAACUCUAUCAUUGCCAAAAUAAGGACAAAUCAUCCCGAGGGGAAUGAGGACGACAAGGAGAGGCACUUACAGAAGGGCCGCUUUGCCAAACAGCCAGCAUACACACUGGUGGAGCGGGAGGAGAAGACGACGCCAAGUUCCAACUCCACAUCCAAAAACCCUAAUUGGACUAAUAAACAGGACAACAGAGACUUGGAGACAGCAAACAGCAUAAACAGGAUGGACUACAUUGUAUAGCGGACAGCUGUGUUGCUGUGCAACCAAGCCUUAUGCCUUCACACCCCGGUGGUGGGUGAGACGGGGGAGCUUUGGCAUGUGUAGUUAGCAAACUGUCGUGUCAGUCGUGACCCCACAGUAUUUUCAGAUAUUCCCCGUGUUAAUUUAAGUUUUGACAAGCUGGCUUACACUGGCAGUGACAGUUGCUUUGGUUGGCUGGAAACACAAGGCACUGGUAUACAUUUCACUGUAGAACUAGUUGCAAGUGUCCUCCUCUGCAUUUCUGUUCCCUUUUGUUAUUUUAAUUUAGUGGACACAUGUUAGGGGUUCCUGGUGUAAUUGUUGUACAAUGACUAAAACGACCCGACAUGUUUAAUGCUAGAGAUAAUUAUUUUUAGUAUGUUUUUGAAUUCUUUCUAGUUCUGUUUGGAGAAAGUGCCUUUUCAGCUUUAGACUUCAGCAACUGUCAAAUGAGAAAAAAAGAUCAACUUUAUUAUUUAUUUUUAUUUUUCGGGGGGGAGGGGAGGGAAGGUUUCAAUGUCAGCAGUUGCUGCCAAUAUGAAGAAUUUAUGUCAAUUUAGAACAUGUAGAUAUGUACAUUUUUUUUAUUAAUCAUUGUGUAUAUUUGAUUUAUUAACUUAAUAAUCAAGAGCCUUAAGAUAUCAUUCCUUUUUAUUUAUAUGUUCUGUCUAGUUUGAAGGUCUUGAUAGCUGUGGAAGUCUACCAUUUCUUUCAAUUACUUAAUUUUUCAACGCAUUUUAUAAAAAGCCAAAUUUCAAAGACAAAGGAUGGGCACGUUUGGCCUGAAACACUUUUUUUGUCGUUUUUUUUCCACACAUUUGACAUUUCAUUACUUGUUGCCAGGACCUUGAUUGAAGGCAAGUGAGGUUAGGACAACAAAAGAUCACGGCUGCUGCGAGGGAUGGACAUGGUGGCAGACAUAUUGCUUGCCACUAAUGGAUAAACACUUAAGGGAACAAAAGUCCUUCUGCAGCUUCAGUUUAAACCAUCAAAACAUUUCAAAGGCAAGUCAAGUCAAUAUGACACGCCACAAUUCCCAUCUGCUUUAGUCGGCAUAAUAUCAAAAGGUAGACCGUGAGUACUUGAAAAGUAGGGGGGGGGCAAUAGGAACACUGUAGAAUCCAAUAGAAUACACUGCCUCUGCUUUGUUUCUGUGCAAAUUAGUUUAUUUUCCUUUUUUUUUUAAAUGAGGCUCUUAAAGACAAACAUGUUUUAUCUCAUUUGUUAAAACCCUUUGAGAUCAUGGCAACAUUUUGUUCUAUUUUUGACUUUGUGUUAUGAACUUGAGAAUUAUGUGUUGAUCUGGCAAUAUAUUUUUGAAAGUCAUAUUUAUUAAAUAUUUUGUAUGAAAAGAGAAUUAAAGUUGUCUUUGUUCUGGA